AUGAUACUAUAUUAUAUUAAAUCUUUAUAGUAUAUAAGUACUAUUUUUUUGGAAGUGAAUGAUUGGGGUUAGAUUUAUGUUAUUAGUUGUUAAUAAAUCAUAAUAUAUAAAUUUCUUAUAAAAAUAUCUUGUAAAAAUAUAUAGAAAUUAUAUUAUAAGAUGAAUUUUCAGCACGAAAAUUAAAUUUAGUAAUCAUCCUGAUUAAACUAUUAAUUAAUGACGUUUAUUAAGUAAUAAAUAUAUCCUCAUGUUAUUGUACAAAAAUAAGGUUGUUAAAGUGGUUUGAAUAUUUGUGUGAUAUUUAAAAUAUUUAUACUUAUUAGUACAUUAUAUUGAACAUUUUGUAUCAGCGACAUUUUAUACUUCCUUCAAUCUUAUUUGAAUUGUAAAAAUUGUAAUCACACACACGAAUAAAGUAGAGUAUUAUCGGAAUUUGUUAUUUAAUGAUUGUGUGUUUUAUUCUGUAAAAGUUUCUACAUAAUAAAUUUUAUAUGUAAAUAAAUUACAUGUCGCAAUAUAAACACCUAUUUUCAAUUUCAAUUCAUUAUGCAGUUUAAAAUGGCAUUUGUAUACAAUUUGAAAUUAUUAUUAUCGGUGAAAUUUGUAUAAACUUACCAUGGAUUACGCUUAAUCUAGUCAUUGGUUCCAGGCGCCUAUAUUUCAAGGGUUAAUUAAUUCUUUUAAUGAAUUAUUUUAUGAUAUCCUUUGGUUUCCCUUUAGCUUCUAAUUAUGAUCAAAGUGUGAAAAAUUAUAAUUUCAGAGAACCAGAUGUGUACUUUAAUGCUUCCAGUAUUUAGUCGGAUAACCAAUGCGAGAUCCAGGGACGAGGGACACGAAAUGUGAGCAUUCCAAAACGGAUCAUUCCAACUGUUUAGUAUUCUUCGCGCCAUGUGCUCGCAUGACGGAAACGUUACACUUACUGCGACUAAAACCAUACGGAAUUACGCAAUGGUGAAAGCACAAGAGUUUUAACCUGGAAGAAUUAUUGUCCAAAUUGUUCCUAUUUCCCUCUAAAUUUUUACAUUAUGCAUUGUGUAAUAACCCAUUCAUCUUUUUCUACUACAUCUUCUUUAAUGAGAGAUACUCCACGCUGUUGUCAAUUAAUUUCAAAGAUAGUAAGCUAUUAUAUUUUGCUAUACGAACGUCGAACAGGGUUAUUUUCUUUUUAUACAAUUUUAAUGUAAUUUGAAGAUUAUUUCCACAUUUAUUCUCAAAGGUAGCAGUUUUUAAUAUAAUUUGAAUUGAUAGAAGAAUGAUAAAAAUUAUCGCUAAAAUUUCGAAGGGUUCAAUGUGCAGCUACUAGAGAACUAAAAAUGAGAGCGAAACUUUUGCUACUCUGUCUGAAGCGCGUCACGUACACGCCUUCGAAGCUAUUUGCGAUGCAUCGAGGGCUGCGAUGAGCAUCGGUUCACGUACAUUCACAAAUGACAACUCCGUACACCUAUAAAUACGUUUGUCACUAGAAAUCGAACAGUCAGUUUCCUUCUUGACUUUCGUUCAAUCGUAGGAUUAUCCAAAACACUAAUCGACAUGGCUUUCAAGCAAGUGGUUAUCGUGCUGGCGGUCGCUAUAUUUACUACAUGCAAGGGAGCUGCAGUUCCUUUACCAGCAGUACCAUUAGCUAAACUUGCACCAGUGAAUCCAGCAUUUAAUUACGAUCCUCAUCCACAAUACACUUACGCUUAUGACGUUCAAGACAGUUUAACAGGAGAUUCGAAAACUCAGCAAGAAACUAGAAAUGGUGACAUAGUCAGUGGUAGCUACAGUUUCAUCGAAGCUGAUGGCACCAGGAGGAUUGUCGAGUACACGGCGGAUCCUGUGAAUGGAUUCAACGCGGUUGUCCACAGAGAACCUGUGGCUGUCAUUAAACCUGCCCUGAAGGUCGCUCCAGUGGCUUUUCAUCCUUAGACAAUUUUAAUACUUUAUAAUUUAUACUUAUCCUGGUAGAGAAAGAAGGGUAGGGUUGACCUAAUGGUACAUGGAAUUUAUUAACUUCAUGAGCAAGAAUUUUAGCUUCAAUUUAUUUUCUCAUUUCGUUUUAAUAAGCAAAACACAACAUUAAAUUGGUAUCAAUAUGAAAAAGAUUUACUCGUUGCGAAAUGAAAUGAAUUUUAUGUCAUUUAAGUCAUGCAUUGCUUAGUGCUCGCUCGUAAUACAAAAGAAAUUUAUAUUUGCCGUUUUGUACCGCUUACUAUGUAACUAGUCAUAUUACACUGUACAUACUGCAAUUAUUUUAUAAUGAAAUGUUUAUAUUAAAAACUUUUUUAAAAUA